CCGCAGAGUAAGGUCUUGAUAGUCUUGUGGUACAUGCAGCAUGUCUAACACCAACAACACGUGGUCUAGGCUGAGAGGAGAUGAAGACUUUUACAACCUCGGUCCUGUGGAGAAGAAGAAGCUGAUCAGCCAGGCAGUGGCAGAAACACUGGGAACAGCUGUUUUCGUCGGCCUCGGCUGCAGUGGUGUCAUUGCUAAUAUUCCUGGUACAGAGACGUCGGUCAAUCAUCUGACAAUCGUGCUGGGAUUCGCCACAGCCAUUGCCUUAGUGGUGACGGUGUUCGGACACAUCUCAGGAUGUCACGUGAAUCCCGCCAUUUCGCUGGCCGCGGUCAUCAUGGAAGUCAUCUCCAUACCGAAGUUCCUUCUGUAUUCAGUUUGUCAGUGUGUCGGGGCCUGUCUGGGAGUAGCAGCUGUCAAGGUGAUAUCCCCAGCCUACUGCACAGCUACGGACUUCUGUGUAACUCAGCCCAAUGCUGAGGUAGGUGCUGGAGCCGCUACUCUUGCUGAGGGGUUCCUAACCGCCAUUCUGAUCUGGGUGGUGUGUGCUGCUGCUUGGGACCGCCGCAACCUUGACAAGCACGACUCUUUGCCUAUUAAGUUCGGCUUUGCUGUCAUCGCCAUCGCUUUGCCUGGGGCAAAAUACGCAGGAUGUAGCGUAAAUCCUGCAAGGAGUUUGGCUCCAGCUUUGAUAUCUGGCAACUGGGACUACCAAUGGGUGUACUGGAUAGGACCUUUUGGAGGCUCCAUUAUAGCGUCUUAUAUCUACAAGACUUUACUAUCAGAAGUAGAUCCUCCAAUGGCAGUGUCUACCAAGGAAGACCCUCAGGACGAAGAACAUCCUUUGUAGAGAAUAUCAUCACAAGAAUAUCCUUUGUAGAGAAUAUCAUCACAAGAACAUCCUUUGUAGAGAAUAUCACAGAAGAAUAUCCUUUGUAGAGAAUAUCAUCACAAGAAUAUCCUUUGUAGAGAAUAUCAUCACAAGAAUAUCCUUUGUAGAGAACAUCAUCUCGAGAAUAUACUUUGUAGAGAAUAUCAUCACAAGAAUAUUCUUUGUAGAGAAUAUCAUCACAAGAAUAUCCUUUGUAGAGAAUAUCAUCACAAGAACAUCCUAUGUAGAUAAUAUCAUCACAAGAAUAUCCUUUGUAGAUAAUAUCAUCACAAGAAUAUCCUUUGUAGAUGAUAUCACAGAAGAAUAUCCCUUGUAGAAAAGGACAUUAAGUCCUAAACAUAACUCUAACAGGGAAUACAGGCAACUAUUGCUUUACACAAAUCAAUUAAAGUCCACCAACAUCAAUAUAUGCAAAAAACUUUCGCAAAGAAAAAAAUAUGGCAUGUCUAACUACCUUAUCAAAGUACAAACCACUAUUAAUUUCCAUAUUUCAUAGUAUAAAACUGGUAAAGAUUGUUUAGUAAUAAUGUUACUAAAAUAUAAAACUGAGGAAAAGAGUAUUAACAUAUUUUAUUAAAUACAGGAAAGGAUAGAACCACGUUUUACUAAAUCAUUGAAAACUGUUUAGGUUUACUCUCAAUUCUUAGUAGUUUAGUACACGUAUUAAUUUCACAUGUUUCAUUUACACUGCCAAUGUACUGUAUGUUGUUGUUUAACUUUAA